CUGCUCCACUUUAAGCAAUCCUUUUCUAUUGAUAAUUCCAGUUCUUGGUAUUGCGAUUACUAUGAUGUCACUUUUUAUCCCAAAACAGAGUCUUGGAAGAAGGGUAGUGAUUGCUGCUCAUGGGAUGGGGUCACAUGUGAUUGGGUGACAGGCCAUGUAAUUGAGCUGGACCUCAGUUGCAGUUGGCUCUUUGGCACCAUCCAUUCCAACACUACCCUCUUCCAUCUUCCUCAUCUACAAAGGCUCAACCUGGCUUUCAACAACUUUCGUGGGUCCUCUAUUUCAGCUGGGUUUGGUCGUUUCUCAAGCUUGACGCAUCUCAAUCUCUGUGACUCUGAAUUUUCAGGCCCAAUUUCACCAGAAAUCUCUCACCUCUCCAACUUGGUUUCACUUGAUCUCUCUUGGAAUAUUGACACAGAAUUUGCCCCGCAUGGCUUCGAUUCUCUAGUUCAAAAUUUAACCAAAUUGCAAAAGCUUCACCUUGGAGGGUGUUCCAAAAUCAAAUCCCCAUUCAUGAGCCUAAGAAUCAUUGAUCUUGCUUACAAUGAUUUCGAGGGUGACUUGCCUGAAAUGUAUCUGAGAAGUUUGAAAGCGACAAUGAAUGUAGACGAAGGCAACGUGACAAGAAAAUAUAUGGGGGACAGUUAUUAUCAAGAUUCCGUAAUGGUGACAAUCAAGGGGUUGGAGAUUGAAUUUGUGAAAAUCUUGAAUACGUUCACAACAAUUGAUUUAUCAAGCAAUAAAUUCCAAGGAGAGAUUCCAAAGUCCAUUGGAAAUCUUAAUUCGCUUCGAGGGCUCAAUUUGUCUCAUAACAGCCUUGCAGGACAUAUCCCAUCAUCUUUCAAAAAUUUGAAGUUGCUUGAAUCAUUGGACCUCUCUUCAAACAAGCUUAUUGGGAGCAUUCCUCAAGAAUUAACAAGUUUGACAUUUCUUGAAGUUUUGAAUCUUUCUGAAAACCAUCUUACUGGAUUUAUACCUCGAGGAAAUCAAUUUGACACUUUUGGAAAUGAUUCAUACAAUGAGAACUCAGGGUUGUGUGGAUUUCCAUUGUCAAAGAAAUGCAUAACUGAUGAAGCAUCGGAAUCUUCAAAGGAAGCGGAUGCAGAGUUUGAUGGUGGAUUUGAUUGGAAAAUCACAUUGAUGGGAUAUGGAUGUGGAUUGGUUAUUGGGUUGUCUCUUGGGUGUCUCAUUUUCUUAACUGGGAAACCUAAACGGUUUGUCUGGUUUAUUGAAGAGAACAUUCACAAAAAGAUCAGAAGGUCUACAAGGAGCACUUUCAGGCUUCUCACCAUGGGUUUUCUCACCAAUAGGGAUCUAGAUGAGUGA